AUGGCAUGGACUCAUUUGUCAUAUAUGAGCAAAUACGAAGCCAUGUACUCCACUUCCUUGACCACACAGCCAAAUGCAUCUGGCAACAAAGUCAGCAGACAGUCUGUGCUCUGCGGAAGCCAGAACAUCGUUCUGAAUGGAAAGACAAUAGUUAUGAAUGAUUGUAUUAUUCGUGGUGAUCUGGCAAACGUGAGAGUUGGACGCCACUGUGUGGUGAAAAGCCGUAGUGUCAUCAGGCCGCCAUUCAAGAAAUUCAGCAAAGGGGUUGCUUUCUUCCCUCUCCACAUUGGUGAUCACGUCUUUAUAGAAGAAGAUUGUGUGGUCAAUGCAGCCCAGAUUGGCUCCUACGUUCACAUAGGCAAGAACUGCGUCAUUGGUCGGAGGUGUGUUUUGAAAGAUUGCUGCAAAAUUCUAGCCAACACUGUUCUCCCGCCUGAAACCGUGGUCCCACCUUUUACAGUCUUUUCCGGCUGCCCAGGGCUCUUCUCUGGAGAACUCCCAGAGUGCACCCAAGAGCUGAUGAUCGAUGUGACAAAGAGCUAUUAUCAGAAGUUCUUGCCGCUUACUCAGGCGGCCUCUGCCAAGGCCUAAAGACCAAGUCGCCCGUGAAGACCUCACAAAGGCAGCACUGUUAAAAUCCCCUAGAUCUGGCCCUUUUACCCUCCGUCCGCUGGAGCAUCGCUCUGCCGGGGCUCGUCUCUGCACCUCUGCCUGGGGCUGGAACCAUGAAGUCUCCCUAGGUUGGUGCCUGCCACCGCUGCCUCCUGGGAGUUGUAGUCUCCUGAUGUCUGCUGUUAGCUCGAGACAGUGGAAUGAACCACAACUUCCAAGAAGAGGCUUUGCUGCACAGAUCUGGAGCAAACAGCCGCAGCGGGGUAGCUGGCUUUGUGGGCAAAGGGGACUCUGCUACUGAAUUCCUUUCUUCAGGAGCCUUUUCAGAGCGUUCUCACGUGUCAAAAUAAACCGUCCCUGCCUUUUGGCACCAUACAGUUUUGUGGG